AUGAACUCUGAUGAUAUUUACGAAAAUCUUCCAUGUCACACCGAUGAAGCAUUGCGGAACGGUAACGGAAUGACCAGUACCGGGAAUCGUGCAUCAGCUGUGUUAGAGGGAGGUGGAGGAGGAGGAGGAGGAGGCCGUAGUACUGAAGAGGGCGGUGAAGUCAAAUUGCAGAAUAAUCUUGCCCUUAACAGCAAGGACAUGUUGUAUGCGACACCGUUGAAGAAAUCGGAACGCCCAGUAAAGGUGCUCAAUAGUAGCGUCCCAGUAAUGCAAAAUGGCAAUGCAGCGCCGGGGACACGGGCGCAACCCAACUCUGGCACGUUCAGCGGUGAAGCGGAGCGUGAUACGAAGAUCAUAAACGCCGAACUGGAAGAUCGACGAAUACGGGACUUCCUGAAGGAUACGUCGCAGAUGCAUAAGAAAAUCGAGCUACACAAAACGUACCAAAGUUCGAACUUUUCGUACCUCGCGCGUAAGGAACACUUUGCCGAUUUGGUGCAGCGGAAUGUGAACAGCAAUGGGGCGAUGGUGAGCGAUCAACCAUUGCCGUUCCAUGCGGCUGGUGGAGACGAACCUGAUUCGGCAUCGUUUGUAGCAGGUGGCUACAAAACGUUGGCAGGGGAGGAGGAGGACAAAAAUUUAGAUCUCGGCAUUAAUGAAUCGUUGAACGAGUUGGAGGCACGUUGCAACGAGAAGCUCGAAAUGCUGGCCAAACUAAACCGAGCUCGAUCGAGCACUACGACGGAGCAGCAAUCCCAGGAGGAUAAUGAACAGGCGGACCUAAUGGAUCCGACAGCGGUCGAGAUAGAAAGAGAGGCUGGAAUAGUACCGAAACCAUCGGCACCGCCCCUUUCCGCGUUGAACACGGAACGAGGAUCAAAAGGAAACAACUUAGCCGAUCCGAUCGGCGGUAGUACGAGUGGAGGCGAACCAGCUAUAAGUGCGCAUCUGAAUCGGGAGUGGGUGUUGAAAAAGAUUGCCAUGUGCUUAGAGCAACGGGUCUCCAAGAAACCGGUACCGCCGGUACCAUUAUCCGUGGCGGGAGUGGGUCCUUCGGUUGACAGUGUCAUACCAUCUUCGUCAUCCGUACCGACACCGGGUGGUGCCGGAGGAUAUUUCGCGCGUAGUGGCCAAUCGGCAGUUAGUGGCAUACCUCCCCCAGCCGAUGGAGGACACCGGGCAGGCGAAACUGGUUUGCCAUCCUUGGGCUAUCUUGUUCUCGGGUCUAAUGGUUCAGGGAAAACGUCAAUCUGCAACGACAUCAUCGAGGGAACGUCGGGCACUAAAGGAAUGCUUAAUCGCAGACUUUUGGCUUGCUAUUUUGUCAACUCCCAGAACCCGGAAUGUCAUAGUCUGAGCAUGUUUAUACGGAGCGUUAUAUUGCAGAUUUUAAGUCAUUCGAGCUACGUCAACAGUACCGGGAGCAGUAUGUUGGGACAAGAGAUAAUCAACCUGUCGGAAACUUCGAUUGAAGCGAACGAACAACCGGUGAAUACUAGUAACGAUUGCUUGCCGGAAGCGGAUCAGCAACAGCUGAAGGGUGAACCGGCUCAAAACCAUUCCCCUACACCCGUAGGUCACGACCCAAUCCAACCUGCUGCGAUAACGGAUCGUGCUAACGAUUCGAACGAGACAGUCGAUAAGGAGUUGGAAGAUGCAAUACGGACAGAGAUGAAAAUCAACGAACGGGUGGCAGAGUUCUGUUCGGGUCGAAAGAAAGUGUCCCGUCAACAAUCGGAACCGGUCGAAAGUCUGAGUCGAGAUCGAGAGCAACCUUCCUAUGCGUAUAAAACGCAUCCGCCGCCAAUGACGAAAGUUGGCACAGGAAAUGCGGGAGCGGCGGAAGAACCGGACGAAGAUGACAGACAGGACAAAGCCACGAUGAGUCCGGGUAGGCCGUCGAAAGUUUCCAAGAUCCCGAUCGCCAUCGGCAGUACGAUAAGAAGCCCUAAGAAGAUGUCACCAACCAAGGACGAGAGUAGCAGUAGUGGUGGUGGUAAGCAAGAGAAACAACAAGAAGACGAUACCGGAUCUAAACUGGAACGAGACGAGGACAUUAUUCUUGAGGGUGGCGGAGAAGCGAUUGCCGAGGGGGAUGUUAGCGAUAUAAAGUUACUGGAGGACGAAGAUAUCGAGGUAAAAGCCAGUGAAAGCGUAGAGGUUAAGAAUCGAGUAGAUUUUACCGUUGCGUCAGAAGUAUCGCCAACACGGAACGAUACGGAGGACAAGCCCCACCCUCAGUUACGAUCGACAAAACCGAUGGAAACGAGUAUUCCGCCACCGUUGCCAAAGUCGAAAAAUUGUCGCCAGGUAAUUGCGGACGGGUAUUACGAGAUGUUGCUCAGCAAUCCGGACAUUUUCGAAUCACUUACGGUGGACAGCAUUGAGAAGAAUCCAGAUGAUUGCUUCAAGAAGGCGAUCCUGUUUCCACUGUUAGAGUUGUGCCCGCCGAAGAAUGCACUGCUACUGUUGAUCGAUUCGAUCGACGAGAACUACAUCCAGGACGGUAACCUGAUCUCCACGCUCAAAGGCAAACAGGUGACAAAGAGCCGUAACAUUGCAGAAUUACUCUCCAACCACAUCCACCUGAUGCCGAAGUGGUUGUUUAUGGUGUGCACGGCCAAGAAGCAGAACAAAAACAUCACCAAAUUGUUCACCGGGUUUAAGAAGCUUACGCUGGACGAUCUGCGCAAGUCGCACGUGGUAAAGGACGUGCAGCAGUACAUUAUCAACCGGCUGAAUACGGACUUCCGGGGCAUCAAUCUUACCAAAGACAUCAUCGAAAGUCUGAACCAGCUGUACAUCAAAUCGAACGGAUGUUUGCUGUACCUGUACAAAGUGUUGAACGGGAUACGGGAGAACUUUUUCACGUUCCGUGAGAUAAAGCUGAUACCGUGCACUUUGAACGGUCUGUACCUGUACAUAUGCCAGAAGUCCUUCAACAAAAAGCAAUACAGCAAGAUACGCCCAAUACUGAACGUGCUACUCGUGUGCAACAGCUACGUGGACAAGUACUUCAUCUACAACUGUCUCCGAACGCACAACUACACGCUCGAGAUGGAGGACUUUGAGCGGCGGCUGGAGCUGAUGCGAAACAUCGUGGAGUACAGCCCGUUAAAUCCGUGCGCGGUGCGCAUCUUUCACAACUCUUUCUGCGACUGGUUGAUCGAUGUGAAGUUUAGCACCAAAAAGUUUCUGUGCGAUCUGAACGAGGGCCACGUGAUGGUUUCGAUGUACUACACGGUCGUGGCCGAUGAAAUCUGUCCGAACAAGCUGCGCCUGUAUCUGUACCACCUGAUCAAGACGGGCGAGUAUCUGACGAGCAAGAAUGUCGAUCUCGAUCUGCUGUUGAUACUGCUGGAAACUAAAUCGAACCUGAGCGACUGUUUUUACACCAAUCUGCUGAAUUGCUGUGCAAUGUGUGAGGAUGAAUGUCGGAAUGAUAUCAACCUGUCUGCGCGCACAAAGUACAUGCUGGACCGGUUCCUGAACGGUCUGUUGAACGAUGACUUUAUGAUCUUUUUGAAUGAUUUCUUCAAACCGAACCUACCGACAGACUGCAAGGUGCUGAAGCUGCUGAUUGAAACGGGAAUUAACAAUGCGGACACGGCACUGUCCUGUGAGUCGUCCGCCAUCAACUCGCCCGUACUGUCGGAUCGAUCGCAGAACAUUGACUCGGAGCUGGCGGAAUUGUUGAUCUCGAGCGAAAAAAGUUGCCAGCAGGAGUUGCAAAAGUCUAUCAACCUAGAGCUGUUAGAAUGUGGUGGAGCAAAUGGUGGUACUGCAGGCGGUGGACUUAUUGAUGGUUCUGUGGUGGUUAGAGACGGUGGUGCCGUUGGUCUUUCGUCCGGGCUCGCCCGUCAUCGGUACAGCGCAGGACCAUCGAUUACGGGUGGUGGUGAUGGUGGUAGCAGCGCUCUAGGUGAUUCAAAAUCGGAUAUACAGAAUGAUCGUGUCGGUAGUGGAGUGCAGUGCGAUAUGUUUGAGGGAGAGAUGCACAAGGGCAAAGCGCUGAUACACAUUCUGGCCAACGAAGGAAACCAUACGCUGCUGGAACGAGCGUUAAAUGCAUGCAAGGAUCCAAUAGAUCUGGAAAUAGAGGACCUCAAUGGACAGACGGCACUUAAUAUAGCGGCACGAAAUGGACACCAGGAGAUUGUAAAGUUGCUGCUUACAUACAAACAACCGCUGCGUGACGGAACUGGUCGGUAUCGAAUGAUCGACGUGAACCAUGCGGACCGUGACGGUUGGACUCCGUUACGGUCGGCAUCCUGGGGCGGUCAUACCGAGGUGGUGAAGCUGCUUAUCGAAACGGGUGUAUGCGCAAUCGAUCGUGCCGAUAAGGAGGGGCGUACAGCGUUACGAGCGGCCGCCUGGAGUGGCAAUGAGGACAUUGUAAAGAUACUGAUCGAGGCGGGAGCAAACGUGAACUCGAUCGAUAAGCAAGGACGCACCUCGCUUAUUGCCGCAUCGUACAUGGGCCAUUAUGAUAUCGUCGAGAUACUGCUGGAGAACGGUGCUGACGUUAAUCAUACGGAUCUGGACGGAAGGAAUGCACUGUGUGUGGCGGCCCUGUGCGGGAGCUCUGGAUAUAGCAGGGUUAUAUCCACGCUGCUCGAAUACGGUGCAAACACUGAUCAGACUGACAACGAAGGAAUGUCACCGCUGUUGGUGAGCUCGUUCGAAGGCAAUGCAGAGAUCUGUGAGUUGCUGCUGGAAAAUGGUGCCGAUCCCGAUAUGGCGGACAACAUGGGCAGGACUCCGUUGUGGGCGGCGUGCACAUCCGGCCAUGCGAAUGUUGUGAAGCUGUUGCUCUUUUGGGGUUGUGGAAUUGAUUGUAUGGAUUCGGAGGGACGAACUGUGCUGAGUGUAGCGGCUGCCCAAGGUAAUCUGGAGACGGUGCGGCAACUGUUAGAUCGUGGACUUGACGAAACGCAUCGCGAUAAUGCCGGUUGGACACCGUUGCACUAUGCGGCGUUUGAAGGGUACGCUGAUAUCUGCGUACAGCUGCUCGAAUCGGGGGCCAAAAUCGAUGAGUGUGAUAAUGAGGGCAAGGCAGCAUUACACUUGGCAGCCCAGGAGGGUCAUAAUGCUGUGAUGGAAGCGAUCCUGAAUAUACACCGACCGUGCAUUGAUCAGCGAGCGCACGACGGCAAAACGGCUUUCCGUUUGGCGUGCCUGGAGGAACAUUUCGAGUGCAUCCAAACGCUGCUAAAGUUCGGUUGUGAUAUCAACUCGAAGGAUGCGGAUUCGCGCACGACGCUUUACAUUUUGGCGCUGGAGAAUAAGCUGAAGGCGGUUAAGUUUUUACUCGAAUACUCGAACGCUGACGUGAACAUUCCGGAUAGCGAGGGUAGGACGGCAUUACAUGUGGCCGCAUGGCAGGGUCAUGCGGAAAUGGUGAAACUGUUGAUAACGCUCGGCAACGCGGAUGUGAAUGCGAUGGACUUGGAAUCUAGAACACCGUUGCACUCCUGUGCUUGGCAGGGUAAUCACGAAGUGAUGCAGCUUUUGCUGUACUACGGUGCGAUUCCAGAUCAUGCCUGCAAGCAAGGGGCAACGGCGUUGGGCAUUUCCGCGCAGGAAGGGCACGAGAAGUGUGUCAGCUAUCUGCUGAAGUACGGUGCUAACCCGUACAAGUCGGACCACUGCGGACGGACACCGAUUAAACUUGCGGCAAAAUCGAAUCGUAACAAUGUGCUUCGAAUUCUGGAAAGUUUUACCAAGAAUGAUUUGGAUUGUGGUAAGAUGAUGCAUCCUCAUCUGAAUUUAAAAUCUCCGGAUGAGUUGCCACCAUGCAGCUCCAUACACAAUCCAUCACCAUCGUCGGGCUAUCCGAACAAUCCGAACCUGCUAAUGCCAGCCGGUGGUGGUGGCAGUGGCUCGGCAAUGCUAAAUGUAUCGUCAACAAACUCAAACACAACUAGCUCUACUACGCAAAACAACAACUUCUACGAAAACACGAUGCACUCCGACACGAGCAGUUUGCAGAAGCGUAAAAGUGUCAUCUCUAGUCAAUCUACCGGUAGCAGUAAUGAGCAAGCACCGAUGUCAUUUACGCAGCAACUUCAAAAACAUUCGCGCCAUCACAACUCCAAAUCGCACCACAUCGUGCAGCAACAGCAUCAACCGCAUCAUCAACAACACCAGCAAACAUCGUCGUCUUCGGUUGCCAAAUUUGGAAACAAAAAACAUUCCCAGGUACUGCCAAAUGUUGAGGAGUACCAAGCAAAUAUAGCCUCAAACAUACGCAUAAAUCCGAACGAUGCCGAUUUGUUCGAUCUGGGAUGUAUGUCCCCACUGUACGCGACGCCACCGCAUUCGCCGAGCAGUGAAAUUAGCUCACCGGGACAGAAUCAACCACCGUCAUCGUUGGCACUGCUUGGCAAACAGUUCGAGGAGAUGAACAUUAGCCUUUCGAACAACAGUACGAUUAUGAAUCCGCACGAUAAUCACUUUGCCCGUGAUACGCAUAUGCGCAUCAUUCUCGGCAACAAUCAGAAGGAAGUUGGCGGACAACUACAGGGAGCUAGUGGUGGUGCCGGAGCAGGGGGUAAAUCAUCGAAGCGCAGUGGCAUUGCGACAAAUCCGGCAAUGCGUUUGAUACGCAACCGUAUCGAUUCGGCGGCGCAGCUUAUCCGACGCACGAACAACAUACUUUCCAGUGGUGGUAACAACCAGGGUUCGUCUAGUAUUGGUGUGAAAUCGGGCACGUUCCAAUGGCGCAAGGAAAGCCAGAUGUAA